UACCUAUUGUGUGAAAACCACCUAGUAAUAAACUGGGAUCUCUUUUGUUGGGCGUGGUAAGGAUAACUGUGGGCAACUUGACUAUUCUCAUCUCUGCUCAUAAUAUUAGUAGACUCGGAUCAAGUACAAAACCUUUAAUUCACUUCCACUGUACCCAGAAAAUGCCCACUAAAUGCCGAAAGACUACAAAAGAAGCCCCAACAUGAAGACACCCAUGUAGAUACUGAUGUUCCCAGAAAAAAACUAUGGAAAACUGGUCACUAUACCCACCAAAUCUUCUACUAUUUCCUACUUUUUAUCACCAUUAUUGCCAAGUCUUUUGACCCCACCACUUAAGAAUCAUAUUACACACCCCGCCCGAUAUGAUAUAAUUCUGCCACCACUUCCUGCGACAUCUAUAUUCUGCAUCAAAGCUUAUCAUUUACUCAAAUUGUUAUUUUAGUGUAGGAGGGGGGAAAAUAACUCUUUCUUGGUGGCGUCCAUCCUCUUUAUAUUCAUACCUACCUCAUAUAGAGCAAAACUAUAGAAAAGAUAAACCAUAAAAGUAGAAAUGUUAGAUCAAGAAUAAGAGCAUAUAUUCAUCCACGAGUAAGUGAAGGAAAUAGAAGAACAAAGAUAAACUAACCAAAAUUCUUUGCCAAAAAAGAGAAUAUCAAACAUUAACCUAAUAUAGCAGUGUCAUGGCAGGCAAUCCAAGCAAGUUGUAAGAAAGGAAAUGGGAUUUGUCGUAGGAUGAUCGACAUUGUUUGCUUUUAAUUAAUCCAAUAAAAAGCCUAUAAAGUUGAUGUUGUUUCAAAGAGAUAAAAAGAGGAAAAUGAGAAGUGGGGGAAUCUAAAGCUUGACAAAGGCAAAAAUGAAAGAUGACGUAAUCUUUUCUUUUCGAAACAACUAAGCAGUACUUGGUGGGGACAGUGUACAUACAUAUGAUAAGUUCAAGAUGUCCAAUAUCACUUCCUCCUCAUGUCAAUCUCAAUUUAUUCUAUCCCUCUCAUAUAGAACCAUUUUAAGAGUCAAGAAAGAAGGAUUCAAUUUAGUCUCUUCGUCCAUUCACUUUACUUCUACCACUAAGAAUCAAGAAAAGAGAGCUUAUCAGGCAAUAGAAAUCUGCAGCUAGCACAAAAAGAUGGAAACUGAUAAAAAUAGCGAUCGAGGAGAAUGGUUGAAUUUAAGCCUGGGAAGGGAUCCAUCUCAAACGUUAAAAGACUCGGAGUCACAAUCAAGACCUGCUUCUACGAAGGUUUUCUCGUGUAACUUCUGCUUGAGGAAGUUCUACAGCUCACAAGCAUUGGGGGGUCAUCAAAAUGCUCACAAAAGAGAAAGAGGUGCAGUAAGAAAUUACCAGUGGCAGAGGAUGGCAAUGAUGGCUUUACCUAUUCAUACUUCCAUGAUAAGAUCACUUGGCGUUCGACCGCACUCCCUUGUGCACAAGCCAGACAUGGCUCAACUGCUCGGAGGAAGAUUAAGUGAGGCUAGUACUGGAUUUGGAAUACAAUAUCUGCCCAACCACCUGGAGGAAGCAGCAGAUUUGAUGUGGCCUGGAAGUUUUCAUUUGGAUUCAAAUCAACCGGUUCCAAACAAGCUCGACCUGAAUCUCAAACUGUAAUUAGCCUAUUCGUACUAUCCCGAUUGGAAUUAUUCAUUAUAAGUCACUAUUUAAAGGGUAUGAACAUCACUAGGUGUGCUAUCAUAAAGUAGGACUAGUUCCGGAAUUUCCUCCUCUUGUCUGAAAGAGAUUUACUGUUCUUCAUUUAAGAUGUAGUGCACAAAGCCUAAAUUCACUUGCUUUUUAUAUGAUUCUAAUCUCUAAGCACAUGAAUAACGCUACUGAAUACUCUUUUCAAUCA